AUGGCACACCAGAUUUACUGUAACUUGCUCUUAUCACUUCAAGCAACAAUCCAGUCUACAAUGAAAUCUACUUGGGCACUUAAUGUUCUUACAAUCAUAAUACUCACAGAGUGUAUAUGUGGACAAGAUAUAGAUGAUGAUGAUGAUGAAGAUGAAAAUACUCAAGCAGGUUGCCGAACUGCUGUGAACGAUUUAGUGUUCAUCGUUGAUGGGUCCUGGAGUGUAGGAUACGUUGACUUUGACACUGCGAAGAACUGGCUGAUAAACAUAACCAGUAGCUUUGACAUUGGACCUGCUUACACCCAGGUGGCUGUAGUACAAUACAGUGAUCUACCAAGGUUAGAAUUUACCCUUGGGCAACAUCGGACAAAUCAACAACUUAUUAAUGCGCUGAAAGGUAUGAAAUACUUGGGAGGAAAUACACAGACAGGACGAGCAAUAAAAUUUUCAACUGAGAAGGUUUUUCCGUCAUCCCAAAGGACAAAUCUUGCCAAAAACAAAAUUGCCAUUGUAGUUACUGAUGGCAAAUCUCAGGAUGAUGUGGUGGAGAUAGCGGCGGAAGCCAGAGCACAAAAUAUUAUUAUGUUUGCAGUGGGAGUUGGCUCUGAAAUCACCAAGUCUGAACUGGUAGCAAUUGCUAAUUCUCCAUCCACUGACUAUGUCCUGUAUGCAGAAGACUACACCACCAUCGACAGGAUUAAGGAGGCCAUGCAACAGAAGAUAUGUGAAGAAUCCGUGUGUCCUACUCGAAUACCUGUAGCAUCACGGGAUGAAAAGGGUUUUGAGCUGCUUGUGGGCAUGAAAAUUCCUAAAAAAGGUCAAAAGAUAGUAGGAUCACUGACUUCAGAAAAAGCCUAUCUUCUUACUCCUGAUGUUGAUGUGACUGAAAAUACAAGAGACAUAUUUCCAGAAGGCCUUCCUCCCUCCUAUGUAUUUGUGGCAACCAUACGUUUAAAAGCUCCGGAAACACAAGUUAUUGACCUGUGGAGAAUUUUGUCCAAAGCUGGAGAGGUCCAGGCAGCUGUGACUCUGGAUGGCACAGACAGUUCAGUGAUCCUUACUGUCACAGGGAUGAAUGAAAAUUAUCAAGUGAUAAAGAUAAAAUUAAAGGAACUAUUUGAUGAGCGGUGGCAUCAGCUGAAGAUACUAGUGAGAAGUAACAGUGCAGUCUUAUUUCUAGAUGAUUCAAUCAUUGAAAACAGAGUCCUAGAGGAAAUUGGACCAAUUUUUAUUAAUGGCAAAACUCAGGUUGUAAAGAAAGCGAAGACAGAUGAAUCAGUCACUAUGGAGAUUCAGAAAUUGCGGUUGUACUGUGAUCCACAGCAAAGUGAAAGAGAGACGGCCUGCGAAAUUUACUCUGUGGAUGAUCCUAGGUGUCCACUUGACAGGGUGCCCACAUCUGCUUGUCAGUGUCCAGAAGGUCAGCCUGGGACUCCAGGAAUACCAGGAUCAGAGGGCUUCCCGGGGCCUCCAGGACCACCUGGCAUACCUGGAACGCCAGGAGAAAGGGGUCCACAUGGGCCAUCCGGGAUAAAAGGUGAUCCUGGUCCACCAGGAGUUCAGGGACCACCUGGAAUGCCUGGUGUGUCAGGCCAAAUAGGACUUAAGGGACCAAUUGGACCAAGUGGUCAGCCUGGAAGUCCUGGGAUUCCAGGAAAAAAGGGCAGUAAAGGGGAAAGGGGAACAGUCGGCCCUUCAGGACCUCAUGGACCUCCAGGUGAAUCGGGAUUACCAGGAAGAAAUGGUUUACCAGGUCUAGUAGGGUCAAAGGGAGAUAAAGGUCAGCAAGGUCUACCUGGAACAGACGGCCGCCCCGGAUUACCGGGUUUUCGUGGCACUUCUGGUCUUACUGGUCCAAUAGGAUUAAAGGGAGAAAGGGGAAUGACAGGACCAAAAGGUGCCAUUGGACCUCUGGGCAUUAAGGGUGAAAGCGGGGCACCUGGACUUCCAGGAGCAGAAGGGCCACAAGGGACAAAAGGUUUCCAAGGUGAUAAUGGGCCUCCAGGGCUACCAGGCAUCCCUGGAAUAAAAGGUCAAAGAGGGGAUCCAGGUUUGCCGGGCUUAGAAGGUUCAAUGGGAAGCCAAGGGCCAAAAGGAUGUAAGGGUGAGAGCGGAGAUGAUGGAGUGAAAGGGGAUCAGGGGGAUAAAGGUGAAGCUGGUCAACCUGGACCUCCAGGAAUAAGGGGUGAAGAAGGAGGCAAAGGAGCCAAAGGAGAGAAAGGUGAAGUUGGCGACUAUGGUGAAAAAGGGCAAGAAGGCAUAAAAGGUGAAGUUGGUACACAAGGAAUUCUAGGGCCUCGUGGUUUUCCAGGGGAAAUAGGCCCACAAGGAAGAUCUGGAAUACCUGGUAUUCCAGGAAAACCGGGAAAAUCAAUGACUGAUGACCAUGUCAUGAAGUUGUGCAGUAAUUUAUUGCGUGAGCAGCUACCUUCUCUACUUCAUAAUAUGAGCCCAAGAUGUCCACCUUGUGAGGGAAAGCCAGGGCUCCCGGGGAUGCCUGGUAUCCAAGGAAAAGCUGGUGAUAGAGGACCACCCGGGUACCCAGGAAGAGGAGGCAGAUCUGGAUAUCCAGGAGUUCAGGGAUUAAUAGGACCUCAAGGAAUUAAAGGAGAUAAAGGACCAAAAGGAGAAAAAGGUUCUAAAGGAGAACGUGGCAUAGGAGAGCAAGGACCACCAGGAGCUCAAGGAUUACCUGGAAUUAAUGGAAGCAAUGGAGAAGGACUGGUUGGACCUUCAGGAAAUCCUGGAAAAAAUGGAGUACCUGGAACUCCAGGAAAGCGUGGAUUUCCUGGAACUCCUGGAGUUUGCGACCUAUCUUCAUGUCUAUCUGCAUAUGGAGCUAGGGAUGACCCUUUCAGAAAAGGACCAAACUUCUGA